AUGUCACUUUCACAAGUUGCUGCCUCAGCCAGUGACAGGUUUAGCCACCUCCGGAAGUCUGCCUGCUCACAACCAAAGGACGCAGGUGUAGCACAUGCUGACUCAGCCCGUGCCGGUAAGGGUAGGACACGCAGGCCUCCACCAGGGCAGCACAGACACUGUGAGAGAUGCUUCAACCGUCACUGCCACAUGCCUGUGGAGCCCAGUGUCUCUUGCCCGGUGAUAAACUGCCACCUGUCCUGUGGUGCUACCUUCCACAUGUGCAAAGAGGCUGAGCAUGAGCUACUCUGCCCUUUAGAACAGGUUCCGUGCCUCAACUCCGAAUAUGGCUGCCCCCUCUUCUUGUCCCGCCACAAGCUGGCCAAGCACCUGCAAGUGUGUCCUGCCAGCGUGGUCUGCUGCUCCAUGGAGUGGAACCGCUGGCCAAACGUGGACUCUGAAACAACGCUUCACGAGAACAUCAUGAAAGAGAUCCCCGAUGAGGAAUGCUUGGACACAGCCCUGGCCCUUCAGGACCAGAAGGUCCUUUUUAGAUCUCUGAAAAUGGUAGAACUUUUCCCAGAAACUAGAGAACCCACGGAAGAGGAACCUCCUAUGAAUGGUGAAGCCACCUGGGAGGAAAUGGGUGGAGCGGUGGGUGGGGAGGAUGCUAGUUUGCUAACAGGCCACUCUCUGUCAGCCAUGAAUGGGGAGGUGGUAGAGUUGAGUCAAGAAGAACGAGAGGCGUUAGCCAAAACCAAAGAAGGGAUGGACCUGGCCAAGUUUGACAAGUGGGAAAAUAUAUUCAGCAAAGAGCAUGCAGCCUCAGCUUUAACAAGCUCAUUAGCCAGCAGUGACAGCAAGAGCAGUAACGGCCCAGAGAAAGAACAGAUUUCCAGCAGCAAUAGAAUGGUAGAGGAGGGAGCUGCCAAAGGAAAAGAACCACAGGAAGACCAGAAGCAGCAGGACUUUCAUGCAGCCAUAGAAAAGACAGGGCUUGCCCCUUGGCAGGAUGGUGUUCUGGAAAGACUGAAAACAGCUGUGGAUGCAAAAGACUAUAAUAUGUACCUGGUGCACAAUGGGAGGAUGCUUAUUCACUUUGGUCAAAUGCCUGCUUGUACACCCAAAGAGAAAGACUUUGUUUAUGGCAACCUGGAGGCUCAGGAAGUGAAGACUGUUUACACCUUCAAAGUUCCUGUGAGCUACUGUGGGAAGCGGGCUCGCCUAGGUGAUGCCAUGAGUUGUAGGCCAAGUGAGCACAAGGCUGUCGACACUGCAGAUUUAGGGAUCACUGUGGAGGACCUGCCCAAGUCAGAUCUCAUCAAGACCACCCUCCUGUGUGCCUUGGAAAGAGAACUCAAAGGUCACGUCAUCUCUGAGUCCAGGAGCAUUGACGGGCUAUUCAUGGAUUUCGCUACACAGACGUACAAUUUUGAGCCAGAACAGUUUUCUUCUGGGACGGUGCUGGCCGACCUCCUAACCACUGCCAACCCGAACAGCAACGCGAAUGGGCUCCAUGUGGAGCUCCACAGUGAGUGUGUGACCAGGAGACACAACAAGAGCAGCUCUGCCUUUACUUUCACCUGCAACAAAUUCUUCAGGAGGGAUGAAUUUCCCCUACAUUUCAAGAAUGUCCACACAGACAUUCAGUCAUGUCUCAACGGCUGGUUCCAACACCGAUGCCCCCUGGCCUACUUGGGAUGUACCUUUAUUCAAAACCAUUUCCGUCCCCCAGGGCAAAAGGCAAAAGUGAUAUACAGUCAGGAGCUCAAGACCUUUGCCAUCAAGCCGGAGGUUGCUUCAGAGCUGAGUGAGGGAAGGAAGAACAACCAUUUCUCAGGUCGUGAAGGAAAAAACCAGAAUUCUCUAACCAGCCUGCCCCUGGAAGUCCUGCAGUACAUUGCUGGGUUCCUAGACAGCAUCAGCCUGUCCCAGCUCUCCCAGGUGUCCGUGCUGAUGAGGAGUAUCUGUGCCACUUUGUUACAAGAGAGAGGGAUGGUCCUCCUGCAGUGGAAGAAGAAGAGGUAUUCCCAUGGAGGCACCUCCUGGAGAGUUCACAGAAAGAUUUGGCAAUUCAGCAGCCUCUUCUCCAAAAUCAAGAGCUGGGAGUUUAAUGAAGUUGCCUCCAUGUCUGAGCACCUGAAAUCCUGUCCCUUCAAUGUUGUAGAACACAAGACUGACCCGAUUCUUUUGACCAGCAUGCGUCAGUCCCAUGAACAGGCCCGAGAGACCUUAGUCACCACCUUUAGAGCCAGACCACGAGGAAGACACACCUUACACUAA